GAAAUCGCUGCGAUUCUUAUCAGUUUUGAUAAACACAAUGAAUGGCAAUCGAAAGAAGUCAAAACAAGACCGAAAAGUGGCUCUCUACUACUUUACUCACGUAAGAAGGUGCGUUAUCGACGUGACGGCUACUGUUGGAAGAAACGCAAAGAUGGCAAAACGACACGUGAAGAUCACAUGAAACUUAAAGUACAAGGCACUGAGUGCAUCUAUGGUUGUUAUGUACAUUCUGCCAUAUUGCCCACAUUUCAUCGCAGAUGUUAUUGGCUAUUACAAAAUCCCGAUAUUGUUUUGGUACACUAUUUGAAUGUGCCAUAUCCGGAUGAUAAUAAAAUGGCCGUCAUAGCGCCGAGCAUCAGUUUGUGGGGCGAUAAAAAAGAGUGGACAAAGGAGGAAUUGGUUAGCCAAUUGAAACCCAUGUUGUCAACAGUAACCUCAGAUGAUGAAUCGGAUUCCGGCAAUGAUAUUGAAAUAUCGACUGCCGAAACCGUUGAAUCUAUUGUCUGCCAGCUGAUGGAGAAACAACGUUUAUCCCGUCAAGCAGCUCUAGUCAAACAAUUGGAUUGUGGUUGUGGUGAUGCCUCGUGUGCCGAUGGUAAAACCUGCACCCAUCCCGUUAUGCGUAGACCCAGUUUAAUUAAAUCCACGAACGAGAAACGUUUGCCGGCUUCCAAUUCGGCUGAGAAUUUUGCUCAUGGUGGUAAUACGGCAGCCACGCCGAAUGUUGUUGUGGGGCCUAAGCUCUAUUCCCGCUGGUUGGAUAAGCGAGCCAUACGUGAUGCCAGCAAUGCCAUGGACACGCAAAACUCUCAUUAUACACAGCAACAACAACAGCAGCAGCAACAACAUCAUCAUGGUCAUGGUCAUCAUGCGCCGACUCAGCAGCUGCCACAAGAAUCCGCAAUUAAAUUUCAAAUUAUUCCGCCACACAAUGAACAACAACAACAGUAUCGACAACAUCAUUACAAUGCUGCAAAUGUUGGCAACCAUCAACAGCAACAGCAAAUGAUGAAUAAUCGAAAUAAUUUAAUAAUGCAACAGCAGCAGCAACAACAACAGCAACAAAUGCAAACAAAUCAAACUAAUUUCAAUCAAAUGCAAGUCGUCAACAAUGGCAACAACAACACAAUUGUCAAUAAUGGUGUUGUUGUCAGUUCGACUGGUAGUAAUUUGCAACGUUACAAUAGUGCAACACAACUAAUGCAACAGCAGCAGCAGCAACAACAACAACAACAUCGUUUCCAAAUUGCCAAGACAACCGUUACUGCAAUGGAACACAGUGGCAAUAAUUCGAAUAAUGUCACAGCUAAUCAACAAACCGCAACCAUCUCCGCAGCAUCAUCACAAUCAGUGAUGUCGUCCACUCCCACAACAAGUCAAUCAAAUUUAAAUAAUGCCACUGGUUCUGGAGGUGGUGGUGGUGGAUUGGAUGUUAAUAUACUCAGUCAUACAACGAAUACAAAUUCGGCCAGCACUAACACCGGAGGAGGAGUUGGAGGUGUAGGUAGUAAUACUAGUAAUAAAAUCAACCACAACCACACAAAUAUCAAUGCAACUGGAACAACAACAACAACUGCUGGUUUGCAUCAAAAGCAAAAUGAUUUAAAUACCAUAAAUAAUAAUGGCCCCAAUAAUAAUAACAACAACAACAAAUACACAACUAAUUACAAUCACAACAAAAACAAGAACAGCAGCAACAACAACAAUAUUAUAAAUUACAACAAAGCAAUAACAAUAAACAACAUCUACCACAGCACAUCCUCUACCGUUGAACCCAUGUGUAUGUCACCGGAACAUCAACCCUCCACAAUAACAUCCUCCACUGUCUUAUCUUCGCCAUCACAAAACUCACACCCCAACAACAGCAACAACAACAAUCAUCACACACAGCAUCACAAGCAACCGCAUUUAAUGAUGUCUUCAUCCGAUUCCAUUUCGGAAUCAUCAACGUCUCUCUCAUCAUCGUCGUCGUCUUCAACUUUGCCUGCAUCUGCAUCGUCACAGAAUUUUAUGGAUGUAAAUCAAAAGUCCAAUAAUAAUAUCGGUAGCACUACAACUACAACAACAGAAAAUACACAGAUGUCUUCGAACAACGAGCUAGAUACUUCCAAUAAUAAUAAAAAUCAUAAUAAUAAUAACAACAACAAUAAUACAAAUAAUGUGAACAACACUAACAACAACAGCAACAAUUUAACUGAAAACAACAACAGGAACAAUCAAUUAGAUGACUACAACAAUUGUACUAUUAAUAAGAAUCCAACAGGUUGUGCAGCAUCAUCAGACGCUUCCAAUUGUAACAACAAUUCCGUGUCACAACAAAUCCCCAAUCCCAAUUCCAAUCAAACGAACAGUAACAGCAACAACAACAAUGAUAAUGAUAAUUUACACAAUAAUAAUACGAAUAGCAACAACAGUAUAUCUAAUUCAAACACAAUUGGUUUUGAGAAUUUAGAAGAUGAACAGCAGCAACAACAACAUAACCAACUUGUGGCAACACAGCAACAACAACAUUCGCAACAAUCACAAGUUGCUCCAGCAGAAUUACAGGACACAUUGGGUUUCUUUAAUGAAACCCUGGAUUUGUCUCAUGAGGAUAUACAGAGAACGCUUAUAGCCAAUAUGCCCAAUGAGAACGCCUUAUUGAAUUCUUUGGAUUUCAUGAAUCCCAAUGGCGGUCAGCGUGUUGAAGCCGCAACCGAUAGACCACAAUGUGAACCAGAUCAAUUAUCGGCUGGAGCCGAUGCCGACGAUGAAGAUACCGAUGAUGUUUUCGCUCAUCUAGAUGCAUUUGAUAUGCUUGUCGAAUUUCCCGAACUGGAUUUGGAUGAUAAGCAGGCCUUGUCAAAUACAGCCCUGGAACAGGCUGCAAAUGGUGUAACGGGUCAUCAUCACAUUGGAGGAGGACAUGCGGCCGUACCAUGUCCUCAAAAUUUACAAAAUCUUCCAAUAUAUGAAACUGCCAGUUCAGGACAUCCAGAUUUAUCAUGUAAUAAGAAAUUCUUGAAAAUCUGUGACUUUAGUCCCGACUGGUCAUACCCCGAGGGUGGUAUAAAGGUAUUGGUUGCCGGUCCAUGGUCUAUGGACUGCCAAUACACCGUUUUAUUUGACUCUCAACCUGUACCCACGGUAAUGAUACAAGAAGGUGUUCUGCGUUGCUAUUGUCCCGCCCAUGAAGUUGGUUUUGCCACAAUGCAGGUCUCUCUGGAUGGUUAUGUUAUUUCCGAUUCCGUUAUGUUCGAAUAUAAAAUGUCGGCCUGUCAAGAGGCUCCAUUCGACGAUAAUACCAAUGAUUGUCUGUACAAAUUUUCGCUGUACAAUCGUUUAACGACCAUUGAAGAAUCGCUGCAAGCCAAAUCGGAAAGUGUUGAAGCUUUACCAGCGUCUCAGCAAAUAUUCUCGCUACAGGGAAAUUUAGAAGAAAAAUUGGUUAGUUAUUGCCAUCAACUAACUAAGAUGACAUGGCAGAGUAAUGCCACGGCAAAUGGUAUUGCAUGGAAUGCCGGCUAUAAGGGUAUGACUUUGUUGCAUUUAGCUGCCGCUCUGGGCUAUAAUAAGUUAGUGUGCGCCCUACUAACGUGGCGUUCGGAAAAUCCUCAUAUCAUUUUGGAAACAGAAAUUGAUGCAUUCAGUCAGGAUGCUCAUGGUUAUACACCGUUGACUUGGGCUUGCUCCCGCGGCCAUUUGGAGACUGUCACCUUGCUAUAUAAAUGGAAUCAAAAUGCUUUGAAAAUCAAAAAUCAUGCUCAACAAACCCCAAUGGAUGUGGCUCAUGUUAAGGGCCACAAAUUGGUCGUAUCUGAAUUAUAUCGUUUGGAACACGAAUGCCAACGCAAACAAAGCAGAGGUUCUCUCAGUAGUUUAUCAAUAAAUCUUAACAAAUAUUCGCUAAGCAACGAUGAGAGCGAUGAUAAUCCCUCGUUUACAGUAUUUGAUACAACAGAUCCAUCGCAGCGCAGUCAUGAUGGUGUAUUUUUAAGACCAGUAGCAGUGAGCAGCAAUCAAAGUCCCCCAAAUAGUAGUCGCUUUUCGAAACGAUCAUCCAUAGAUAGUGGUAUUAGCAUGGAUAUUCGCAGUAAACCAGUUAAGACUUUUAAAGAUUUGACACGUUUACAUAGUUUGGAUGCACAUGACAAUUAUGGUGCUGGUGCUGGUGGCAGUGGUACUAUGGAAUCUCAAUUGGAUUCAAUUGCAACACCGGCAAAUACAACGAAUUCUUUACUAUCCCCAUUAAGGAAAAUGGAUUUUGCCUUAUGCGAAGUAUCAACUGGUGAUGCAAGUCCUUUGCCAGACAAAAGUAACGAUGAUGAUGAUACAUCAACGAUUGAUAACGAAGAUUGUUGCAACGAUGUUGUUGCAAUGCCCAAUAAAAAUAUCGAUGCUGUUGUAGGGGAUUCAGAUGCCAAAGUGUUAACACUUGCUGAACAUAUCAUAGCUGCUAUGCCAGAACGUAUUAAAAAUGAGGCUGAUGAAAUGAUGGUCUUGGGUAGCCCCAUGACAGAACCAUUAAAUUCCGAAUCAUCGGGUUUAAAUGAUAGUUUUAUGGAUCCCCUUUUGGAUUCACUGCCCAAUGCCCAUUUCGAUAAUGAAUUUAAUUUCGACUUCAACGAUCACACAUAUCGUUAUCAUGAAGUUAGUACACCCUGCUCUAGUCUAAGUCCUGCCAGUUCAGGACCACUGCAAUCACCGGCCAGCUAUUCAAUACUGGGUCAUGAUCCAUCAGUUAGUUCACCGAGUCCGCCACCAUCGACAAAACAACUGACGGAAUUUCUGCAUGCCUCCAGUAAUUCACAGUAUCCAUUUGAGGCUGAUUUUAGUAAAUUAACAUUAACAGACACCGAACAACGAGAACUCUAUGAGGCUGCCAAAUGCAUACAAAAGGCUUAUCGUUCGUACAAGGGCCGCCAGAAGUUGGAGGAACAAAAUAAGGAACGUACCGCCGCCAUUGUCAUACAAAACUAUUAUCGCCGCUACAAACAAUUUGCCUAUUAUCGUCAAAUGACCAAUGCCGCUUUAGUCAUCCAGCAUGGUUAUCGUUCGUAUUGUCGUAAUAAACGUUUUAAGAAAUCUCAAAACACCUCCACUAUGAUGGCAUCAGGUGGUGCGGCUUUACACAAUAGCGACAGUCAGGAUAGCACGAAUUCCCAGUGUCUGUCAAGCUUUUUUGAUAAUUUCGCCAAACAGGAACAGAAUGCUGAUAGUUCACCGCAAUCGUGUAGCACCCCGAAGGAAACAAGUCCUUCGGGUCCAUUAAAACGUACUUACUCACAAUCGACACAAAAUCAAGCUGCCAGAAAAAUUCAACAGUUCAUGCGACAAUCACGCAUUAACAUAUGGGAUGGAAAUUUAACAACGCUGACUUCAGAGAGAACGAGCCGAAAAAGAGAAGCUGGUGCACCAACGCAGGGCGGAAUACCUUCAAAACUUGCAGUAUCAAGGACAACAGGAAAUUGCCUGCCCAAUCGAAAAGAG